CUGGCAGCAAAAACCACGGGGAAAAUCCAGUUUUCCUCAAGGGCCCCAAAUCCCUAACCCCAGCAACCUUUCCUGCUGACACUGCUGGGUUUCUGUGCUGUGUUCCCCAGAAUAAGGCUCAAGGGAGCUGCUGGGGAAAAUGGCAGCCAGAGGGGUUGGUGUCCCAAUGCCUGACAACCUUUGCUGUUAAGCAGUUCCCCAGAUCCAACCUCAACCUUCUCUGGUGCAACUUGAGGCCGUUUCCUCUGCUCCUGGCGCUUGUUCCUGGGGAGCAGAGCCCGACCCCCCUGGCUCCAAGCUCCUUUCAGGCAGUUCAGAGAUCAGAAGGUCUCCCCUCAGCUCCUGUUCUCCAGCUGAACCCCCAGGUCCCUCAGCCGCUCCAUCACACUUGUGCUCCAGCCCCUCACCAGCUCCUUUCUCUUCUCUCAACUCGCUCCAGCACCUCAAGGAAUUUCUUGGCAUGAGGGGCCCAAAACUGCCCCAAGUAUUUGAGGUUUGGCUUCCCCAGUACCCAGUCCAUGGGUCGGUCACUGCCCUGGUCCUGUUGUCCAUGGGGCUGUGUGGUUCUGCAGGGGCUGGAUGGGACAAAUCCCCAACAUUCGGUGUCAGGAUGAGGCUUCCCGGGCUCAGGCCAGGUUGGGGUCACUCCGGGGAGGGUUUGUUGCCAGCAGCAGGCAGACAGGAGUGUGUCGGGGCUGUGAUGCCAGGUACUGGGCAGGUCCCUUUGCAAACCCCACAGCGUCUGGUGGGAAAACAGAGAUUGGAGAGGGGUUUGGGCCGUACCCAGUUCUUUGGUGUUUGAUAAGCAUUCGCCAUGUCCAAUGACCGGACUGAAAUUCCUGAUCAUCUGGAGGAUGAGCAGUUCCCAUCCACCCUCAUGGGGAAGAGGCAACAUCCCAGCUGGGGGGCACCAGCAGCUCCAGACCGUGGCAGCUCCGCAGAGGCCGUCUCGGGGCUUUUUUCAGUGCACCCUGGAGUUCGUGGUGGUUGUUUUUAUUAGGGUGUCCAAAGCCCGUUUUAAGUUGUCUGAGAGCACCCCCUCCUGGGCAUGGCAGAAAAGCACCGAGGAGAAAACUGAAGGAAGAGCUGCUGCUGGGUGUUCUGGGCCAUCUUGCCUAAAUCAGCGUCUUGAAGGUGGCUCUGCAUCCUGCCAGGUGCCUGACAGGCGGUACGGAGACACCCAGAAGGAAAGGACACUGUUUUCCCACUCUGAAAUCAGGCAGAGCAAACACGGGAGAAGAUGGACGAGCUCGGGGACCUUUCCAGCUAUGUGAGUUUAUUUUGACAGUGUGGGACUUCUCCAGCCGAAGUGAAAUUCCAUAGUUCUCUCCAGGCUUAGCAGCUGCUCUGCACUGAAGUAGACACACACUUAGACAGCAGCCUUGACAAAGCCCAUGCAGAAGGUUUCAGUGUUUUAAGCCAUGAGGCGUGUGGGCUUUCCAAAGAGGUUUGAAACUCCCCCGGGGGCAGCCGAGCCCCGGGCCCGCUGGGGACUCCAUUUCCCAGAACCGGCGAGAGAAGGGCCGGGCCGGGCCGGGCCGGGAAGGGCCGGGCGGGGCCGCUGCGGGCGGGGCCGGGGCUGCCGUGAGCCCGGGGCCCGGGACGAGGCGGCCAUGGCCACCAGCCCCGCGCGCGCUGGGGGCCUUGGGCGCGAGGGCGCCCCGUGUCGCGGCCACGGGACGCGGAGCGGCGGCGGUUGGUGCGGCCGGUGCGGUCGGUGCCGUUUGUGCGGUUGGUGCGGUCGCUGCGGUUGGUGCCGCGGCGGCUGCUCCGUCCUGCAGCAUCGCGGGAGGUGCUGUUCAUCCCGGCGACUUGUGCGUUUGGAGACUUCGGUUGACGCCUUGAACUGCUGGAGAGUGUGCAGAGAAGAGCAAGAGAGCUGGUCGGCGUGUGGACGCGACCAAGGAUCUUCGGUCCCCCCCUGGGGGUUGACAUCGGAGGAAUCUGCGGAGAGACCGUCUUGAGCAAGGGAAAGCCCGGCUCUUGCGAUGGCUACGCAAGCCAAGAGAGGUUUAAGUGGCUCUAUGGAUGACACCCUUGAGGACCUUUGGAGAUAUGAUGCUGAACCCCGUUGUACAGCCGGUGGGAGAGCCUUGAAGACCAGCAUGCGGGUCACCAAGGAGUUGCCUGCGGAGGUUUGCAAUGUCCCUGGAGAGGACAAGGCAGCUGCAGGGGACGAGGACGACUGGGACUGGGAUUUCCUGGGGACAUCGAAACCCAGUUCUGGCCCAGGGAAGAUGCCCGUGAAACGUGGCACUGAGCGCAGCUCUGAGACAACAGCAGAACAGAGCAGCAGGAAAGAGCUGCCCCCACGCCAGACGCCCCUGCGCACCGUGGCCCCGGUCCAGAGGAGGAAGACGUCGAUGUUCGAAGAUGCUGAAGACGACGACCUGUUGGAUGUGCUGAGACAUGACAAAGGCCCAAAAAAAGAAGAGGAGCUCCGGCCAGCGCGCUCCACGCUGGACGACUUGUUCGGACGAGGCUCCGCGGCCAAAGUCCUGGAAAAGCCAGAGGAGGAAGAGCGCGGGGACAAGAAGGAGCUUGUCUUCGGAGAGUACAAGCCCUCGAUGGGCUCCAGGCCCGCGGUCCAGCCGGCGAUGGGGCAGUUGGUGAGGUUUUCUGCCAACAGCAGCAGCGAAACAAACCCAGAGCCCCGCUCCACACCUCGUCCUCCCCGCAGACGGAACCCCGUGCGGAGGAGAAGGGCCGGAGACGACUGGCUGGGCUGGGAGGAUGAGGAUUUCAUGGACCCCGCCAGCCAGCUCGGGGCUGCAGAGGAGGCAGCGCCUAAACCCGACCCAAUGGACUGGCUGAUCGAUGCCUUGGCUCGCAGGAGAGCCGAAGAACAGGCCAAGGCACAGGAGACAAAGGCCGAGCCCACGGAGACCCAGGAGAAGAAAGCCAAGCCCUCAGAGACUGAGGAGAAAAAGGCCGAGCCCUCGGAGGCCCAAGAGAAAAAGAACGAACCCUCGGAGGCCCAAGACACAACGGCCGAGCCCUCAGAGACCGCGGGCGAAGGGCCGGGUCCCCGCUCUCCCGGCAGCCAGCUGGCCGCCUCCCCAGCAGCAUCGGACUGUCGGGCAGAGCUGCUGAGCGCCCAGGCCCGUGUGGCAGAGCUGGAGAGCCAGGUCCGGAUGCUGGAGGAGGAGCGGGCGCAGCAGAAAGUGUUAUUGGAGAGUGCCCAGCGGCAGCACCAGGAGCACCUGGAUGUCCAGGAGAGCAGCCACAGGACCUCAGUGAACGUAAUGAAGGACAACUAUGAGCAGCAGGUGGAGAUGCUGCGGCGGCAGAACGAGCAGCUGGUGGCUCAGCUGCGGCAGGAGCGGCAGGACACGGCGCGGGAUCGGGCAGAGCUGCUGGCACAGCACCGGCUGGAGCUGCAGCAGCUGCGGGAGCAGCACCGGCUGGAGCUGCAGCAGCUGCGGGAGCUGCAGAGGGAGUCUGUCGAGGAACUGCGCAAGAAACACGAGGAGCAGCUCCAGCACAUCAAGUGGCUGAAAGAGAGAGAGAUGGAUGUGCUGACCGGCACCAUUACACACAUGAGGUCUCUGGACAGCAUCAUUGAGAGGAUGGAGAAGUUCUCCAGUGACCUGCAGAACAUGUGCAGGAGGAGCAUGGAGGAGGAGCAGAGCCGUGUCCAGGAGCUGGUGGCCAACACGCAGGCCAGGCUGGGCGAGCAGACUUGGCUGCUGGAGCAGGAGCGGGCAGAGCUGAAGAUCCAGCGCCUGGAGCUGAAAGCCAAGGAGGAGCAGCUGGCGAGAGACAGGCAGAGGCUGGACGAGGCCUGGCAAGAAAUGCGGCUGGAGAAGGAGAAGGUGAUCGGGGCCGUGCAACCUGUCCAGAAGCAGCAGGAGAUGAUUAGAAGCACAAAGGAGCUCUUGGCCCAGAAGCACGCAGAGGGGGAGCGAGCCCUGGGGGAGGCACGCAGGAUGCAGUCCGAGUUCUGGGACAAGCUGCAGGUCCUGCAGCAGCAGGAGGAGCAGCUGAAGCAGCGGGAGGAGCAGCUGAGGCAGGAGAAGGAGCAGCUGAGGCAGGAGAAGGAGCAGCUGAGGCAGGAGAAGGAGCAGCUGAAGCAGCAGAAGGAGCAGCUGAAGCAGUUGCAGGAGCAGAUGAAUCAGCAACAGGAGCAGAUGAAGCAACAGCUGGAGCAGAUGAAGCAGCAUCCAGAGCAGCUGAAGCAGCAGCUGCAGCAGCUGAAGCAGGAUCAGGAGCAGCUGAAGCAGGAUCAGGAGCAGCUGAAGCAGGAAAAGGCCUCCGUAUCUUCCAUGUUCAGUGCCCAGAUGCAGCUGCUGAAGUUCCAGGCCCAGCAGGGGGACAAAGAGUUAGAGACGCAGAGAAUCUUCUUGGAGAACCUGAAGAAAUUACGAUACAACACUUCACGGCUGUCAACAACCCCUCCAUCCUCCUCCCGUUCUGUGGACGAUACCAUUGAGUAUACGCAUGCAUUAAUAGGGGCCCUGAGGAAAGCAUCUCCACCUGUGCAAGUAGUCAAUCUGUCCUCCAUUCUCCGGCCUCCCAUUACUUUCAAGACCCUUUAAUCAGGCUCUGCCCCAGUGUCCAUUCUGUCAGCUCUGCUUCUGUCGUGACUUGUAAUAACAUCGGAUGUGAGACUGUGGGUACGCGUUAGAGGCCUCAAGGACUUCAGGAGUUCGCUUGGACACAUUAGCGAGGAUGCUUAAUAAAAAGAAAGGGAGGACUGUUGCAGAAUAAGUUUACUCACUUAAAUUCCUUUAGUUGUAUUCUAUGCUUCGACAUAUCGAGAUAAGGACAGAGAAAAAACUGCCUGGAAGACAGAGGAAGAGAAUCCAAGAAGAAACAACUAAGGCCCCAGACCCAAAAUUACCACUGGACCAACAGGCUCGUGAAAGAUGCGUGAAGAGCGGGUGCACAGACUGGGGGGGUUUACAAGCCCAAGUCUCUUUCGUCUCAUGCUCCUCCUGCUGAGAGGCCCCACGUCCAGACUGUUUCUUUGCUGUUAUGUGGUUAUUUAUGGAGAUCCCGAGGAAAGCGCCCUGCAACACUUCACCUCUGCCCGCGUCCCGACCGUCCUCCCUUCUCUGGAUGAAGAGAAGCCGCUAAAUUAAUGUGGACUCUGGCGGUGGUGGCAGAAACUGGAAAUUUGACCUGGAACGAUGGAGUCAGUAUUUGAGGGCAGAAAUCAGUUGACCAAGGUCGUUGGGUCUUCAUCGAGAACAUGGAGAACUUGUGCAGCGACCUGCAGAACUGGGGGCUGUUGCUCUGCACACAUCAGGGAAGUGUCUCCUCACCCUCCCCACUGGGCCUGGGGCCACGGUGCCCAAGGCCUGAAGCUUUUCUGACAGCUUCUCUCCCUGCCUUUCUCCCAGAGACCGCGCAGCAGCGGCUGAGCACGGCUCACCAGAGGAGAUGGAGUGAACAGCCCCGCGAGGAGCUGCCCGACCGCCCUGUGACACCGCUGACCGCAGCCCAGGACCUCGGUGCCCCGACUGAGGGUCUCUCCAGCACCCUGGGGGGAUGAUUACUGAGAAAAGGAGAAGAUCCUCUUGGAGCCCCUGAAGAAAGCGCCGUACAACACUUCACGUCUGUCAGCAUCCCGUCCGUCCUUCUGCCCUUCUCCGGACCACAAUUUCUUUGAGGUUACGCAGUUAUUUCUGGAGAUCCCGAGGAAAGUGCCCUGUGCACUUCACCUCUACCAGCGUCCCGGCCGUCCUCCCUGCUCCUGGCCACCAUUCUUAGAGGGUUUCUUAGAGAAAUGGGUUUAAAAGCCCAAGUCUCUUUUGCCUUGUGUUCCCUCCCCCUGAGAGGCCCCCAGCCUGGACUGUUUCUCUGCUGUACCUUUUAAGUUGUUUUUAAUCUCAUAAUUAAAGUAUCUUUCUAAAGCGCAAA